AUGGACAACAUUGUAGAUUCUCUAAACAAUGCAUACCAAGAGUUCGUUGUUGCAGCAGCUAAUGUGCUUGAAGCCAAGGAAACUUCUGGCGCCCAGAAAACAGCAGCUACAGAUGCUGCUCUUGAGAAUUUUAAGCAGAAGUGGGAACUUUUCAGAGUCACUUGUGAUCAAGCGGAGGAGUUUGUGGAGUCUGUGAAGCAAAGGAUUGGCUCAGAGUGCCUGGUGGAUGAGGCAACUGGCUUGGUGGCUGGGAAGUCUGGGCAAACCGCAACUGGUCUUCCACCCAUUAGUGCAGUUCGGUUGGAACAGAUGAGUAAAGCUGUUCGAUGGCUUGUCAUAGAACUUCAAAAUGGUUCUGGAACUGCUGCUGGUUCAGCACAUUCUCAUCUGUCAACUCCUUUUGAUAGCAGAUUCUCUGAGGAUUCAGCUCAAUAG